UUUUUUUAUUUUAUUUUCCUUUGUUUUCUAUUUCUAUUUCGUCCGAUUUUUGUUGUCGUAUCUGGUUUGGCGAUCGAGUGAAGGACGGGUGACACCAUAGGAGAAGGAGGCAAAAAAAAAAAAAAGACAAAUCAAUGUUUUCCACUGAGGUUGGAGAGAGAAGACCGUGAUUUUCGGGAUGCCUUGGCGUUCACACGGAUCGGCACGAUGACACCUCACACUGGCACCACACUCGAGUGAGCCGGGGCAUCCUCUCCCAGGACAAAAUGCAUAUCUGGAUUCUAAAAAUAAUCCUUCUGAUUGCAUCAUCUCCGAGGCUGGUCGAGAUGUAUGACAAUUAUGGGGAGAUCUGCCGGAGCCUGUGCACGUGUGACGAGAAGGAGGGGAUCCUGACGGUGAGCUGCGAGAACCGGGGGAUCAUCAGACUGACAGAGAUCAGCCCGGUUCAGUUCCCGAUGUACCACCUCCUGCUGACAGGGAACCUCCUGAAGAAGCUGUCAGUCAAUGAUUUCAUCAAUUACACUGGGGUAACCAUCCUGCACUUGGGGAACAAUGAUAUCUCCGAGAUCGAGUCGGGUGCCUUCAACGGACUCCAGGGAUUAAAACGGUUGCACCUGAAUAACAACAAGAUUGACCUUCUGAGGGACGACACUUUCACAGGGCUGGAAAGUUUGGAAUACCUACAAAUUGAUUAUAACUACAUUACAACUAUAGAGCCCAAUGCCUUGAGCAAACUGCACCAACUGACAGUGAUGAUUUUGAAUGAUAACUUACUUUCUGCCCUCCCCUCCAAUAUAUUCCGGAAUGUCCCCCUUACGCACUUGGACCUUAGGGGGAACCGACUAAAAAUGUUCCCCUACAUCGGCCUCCUGGAGCACAUGGACAAAGUCGUGGAAUUACAACUGGAGGAAAAUCCGUGGAACUGCUCAUGUGAGCUCAUUGCUCUCAAGGCUUGGCUAGAGAGCAUAGCCUACACGGCUCUGGUCGGGGAGGUGGUGUGCGAGACGCCUUUCAGGCUGCAUGGCAGAGACCUGGAUGAGGUGUCAAAGCAGGAGCUGUGCCCGCGGAGACCCGUAGAGGACACGGUCAGGCCUGCACCACCCAGCAGCACCAAUGGAUAUUAUCAGACCACACCUUCUGCUGUCACGGCCUCCGUCACCUCAUCAGCUGUUUUUAGGUCCUCCUCCAGGCCUACCAAGGGCACACGGCAAUUUAACAGAACUAGGUUAAAGCCCACUUCUCGGUUACCGGGCGGUAACCCGUAUAACUAUGGCCCCAUCAUUGCUUUUCAGACCAAAUCUCCUGUGCCUUUGGACUGCCCCACUGCCUGCACAUGUAAUCUGCAGAUUUCUGAAAUUGGGUUAAAUGUCAACUGCCAAGAGAGAAAGAUUGAAAGCAUUUCUGAUCUGAAACCCAAGCCAUACAACCCUAAAAAAAUGUAUCUCACUGGAAAUUACAUCCCUGUGGUGCGAAGAUCUGAUUUUGUCGAUGCCACUGGAUUGGAUUUGCUUCACCUGGGAAACAACAGGAUAAGUGUGAUCCAUGACAGGGCUUUUGGGGAUUUAACCAACCUGCGUCGGCUGUAUUUAAAUGGUAAUCUCAUGGACAGGCUUACAGGGGAGAUGUUUUUUGGCUUGCAGAACUUGCAGUACCUUUAUUUAGAGUACAACAAAAUCAAGGAGGUGGAGGCUGGCACUUUUCGCUACUUGCCUAAUCUCCAGCUGCUUUUCCUCAACAACAACCUCCUUAAAACUUUACCCAUGGGCAUCUUUUCCAGCCUCUCCCUGUCUCGGCUUAAUCUGCGUAACAACCAAUUCCAAAACCUGCCUGUGAGCGGUGUUUUAGAUCAGCUCAAGUUGCUUGUGCAGAUAGAUCUGUUUGAAAACCCCUGGGACUGUUCUUGCGACAUAGUGGGGAUGAAGAUAUGGCUCGAGCAGCUCAGUGCAGGCACGGUGGUUAAUGAGGUUGUGUGCGAGACCCCUGUACGCCACAAGGGGACGGAUCUGCGUUCCAUCCAGUCUGAGCAGCUGUGCCCAGACUACACUGACUCAUAUGUCUCACCAACUCCCCCCACGGAGGAGCCCAUGGACGACCAUGUUGUCACAACAAACGCUCCCCAGAAGUUCAGCCCCUCAAGCAGCACAGUUCCCCUCUCGGUCCUCAUCCUUAGCCUCUUGCUUGUUUUCAUCAUGUCCGUCUUUGUGGCGGCGGGGCUCUUUGUCGUGGUGAUGAAAAGGCGUAAAAAGUCUCAGAGUGACCGCACGAGCACCAACAAUUCAGACGUCAGCUCCUUUAACCUGCAAUACAGCCUCUACAGCAAUCGCUCCGGCCCUAAAGUCAAAGCCCCCGCCGGUCACGUUUACGAGUACAUUCCCCACCCCAUGGGCCACAUGUGCAAAAAUCCCAUUUACAGGUCACGGGAAGGGAACACGGUGGAGGAUUACCGAGACCUGCACGAGCUCAAGGUGACAUACAGGAGUACCCCUGAUGAGGAGAGGGACAGUAGCACGUUGAGGAGUCCCGCGUACAGCGUCAGCACCAUCGAGCCACGUGACAACCCCUCCCCCAUCCAGGAUGCAGACCACUUUUUCAGGGGCAUUCUGGAGCCCGAUAAGCAGUCCCCGCAUCAGUCCAUCCCAUCCAUCCCAGCAGUCAAUUUAGAGUACAAGUACACUGGGCCUGUGUCGUACACCUACAACCCAAAUUUCGAUGUCAGACGGCAGUUCUUGCACCCGGAGAGGAUAAGAGAAACGGUGCUCUACGGCACAGCACCCAGUACUGUUUAUGUGGAGCCCAACAGAAACGAGUAUUUGGAGCUAAAAGCUAAACUGCAGUCUGAGCCUGAUUACCUCGAGGUCCUUGAGAAACAGACCACCUUUAGUCAGUUCUGAGCAACGCGGUUGCUAAUGUUAAUGAGACACUUUCUCUGCUGGUCCUCCUUGAAACAGUGGCUCAGUUUAUUAAAGGGUGCCUUGGCACAGAAACACACGAGCGAACGCGAGGGAGCUAGGACGGGGUGUGCCGAACAAUCAAUUCUUUCUGAAACUCGACAGCACGAAAAACGGAUACAGCUUUCCGACACGUAGACGAACAAACUCCACUGAUGAUGAUGCAAAUUUUAUUUUUUUAUGGUGAAGAUGGAAUAACACAAAAUGUAAGUGUACUGGUAAAUCCUAUCCAACUUCAUUUUCAGGAAUAUAACCAUACAUUAAAAAAAAGGUAUAUUGUGAAUCAGAAGAGAGAGAGAAACGUUUAUAAAAUCCCUCCUGGACAAAAAAAAAAGAAGAAAAACACUUGUACAGCAGAUGAUCAGAACUGUGUAGGACUAUUUUCUGCUGUAGUCUGUAAGUAAGUAUUUAUUGAUAUAAUCUGCCAUGUCUUUUAAAAAAAGAAAAAAAAACUUUGAUUCUACAUCAGAUAUUACCUGUGUCAUCAUAUUCCAUGAUCCUCUGGAAAAAAAAAAGGCUUAUGUUUGUAGUUUCAUUUACUGUAGCUCUGCAUUGUAACAGUGGCUUUUUCUUUUUUGAAAGUGGCACACCCCCCAAAUGUUCAAAAACAGACUGCGUCAUUUGAAGAUUUAAAAAAACAAAACAAAACACACAAAAAAAUAGUGUCUUUGUAUGCUUUCUGCACUUUUUGAAAUUGGAAGGCGAGUUUGCCUUCGUUGAGCUCUCAUAAAGGAGAUUAUUAUAUUAAAAAUGAAUAUGAGUAUUCAUUCUUAAUAUGUAGAGGUGAUAUGUUAUCAAAACUAAAUUCAUAAAUGAUAUUUGAAGUAUUCAUUAUGUUGUGUAAUACGGAUAUUUUAAUCAAUGUAACACCUAUUUUUAUACGAGCAUUGGCAGAUUCUCUAUCCCUUAUUGGUUCCUUUGUUUUGAUUGCUUUGCACUUAUUGCACUAUAUUGACCAAACUAUGUUAUUGUCAUCAAAUAAAACAAGAUGUCAGGUUCAUA